AUGGCUAGCCUCGCGUUACAGUCCCGUUCAAAGCAUAUUUUACAGUGCCGCAGGAAGUCACGUAACGCCGCUCCAUAUCAGCAGCAAUAUAUGAAUGGGAAACAGGCUCAUCGCCGAACGAAUCGCUCGUUUCUCGAGUACUGUUACUUGUGUGCUAAGUGGUUUCCUGACCCUAUGGCUUGGAAAGAGCAUUGUACCUUUCACCUCAACAACUUGCAACCACGAUGUGGCAUCCUUACCCUUCAUUACACCCUUGUUGCCCCAGGGUUUUGUCCGGACCGCUUAGGAGAUGAGAGCAUGCAACCUGAUGAAAGGUUCCAACAAUGGAGGGUUAAAUCCACCCUUCUUAAUCACAUCGAUGAGGUACACCUGAUGAAGAAGAAAACCGAAAGCAAGCUCAAAUGCCCCCACCCAUGCUGUGACGACCAGUGUUAUGAAGGGAUAUUAGCACUUUGA